AUGGAACUUCCUGAAGUUGUUCCAUUGAAAUUUACCAUUGAUGAUAAUUUUCUCAAAUCACAGCCUGUUAAUAACGAGAAACAAUUAAGAGACGCUCCUGAAAGGUACAUUUCGCUAAUAUCAAAUUCUGGCGACCUGCUGUUCGAAUCAGUUAUGAGUGGAUUACCACAGAACUUUAUUAGAUCAGAUGCCGCAUAUAUAGUCAAAGAUUGCACAUGUAUGCCUUUUCAAAGAAAUAGAACGGAUAGGCCUCAAUAG